CAUAUUAUUAACAUGUUAUUAGCGGAGGUGUUUUAGAUAUCGAUCCGGUAUUUCGUGUUAGUUACAAACUCGCGCCUUCUUCCUUCAGGUCAAUACAUUCCAAUUCUUCUUACGUCAAAACAAGUGAGAUAAAUCGGUUAAACAUGCCCAAGAGGAAGUCUCCAGAGGGUGCUGAGGGAAACACAAAAGUUACAAAACAUGAACCCUCCAGGCGAUCGGAGCGGUUGUCUUCAAAACCUGCCCCUCCCAAAGAUGAGCCUAAGGCCAAGAAACCUGUCGUAAAGAAGCCAGCAGAUGACAAAUCUGUGAAAGGAAAGAAGGGAGCGGCCAAGGCCAAGAAGGAGGAGAAGGAGGUGGUGCCUGCUGAGAAUGGAGAGACCAAUGCAGAGGAGGAAACUGAGGCUGCUGAGGCGGAAGCUGAAGAGAAGGAAUGAGUGAUGACUCUGAACUUUUCCGUGGGUUUUCUUGGGGAAAGAAAAAAGAAUGUUUUUUAUUGCGUAUUUUGUAAACCGCUUUUUUUUUUUUUUUGAUUUGUCGUAAUAGGUCAGCCUCCUCCCAACGGUUUGUCUCCUACACUUGCCACGCAGGAUACGAGAUUGACAACACACAAAAAAAACCUCACUGUUCCAUCAUGUUUUCAUUGGUUACCAGUGCAAACAUUGGCAUAGGUCCUCACAGGGACAGUCAUAUCCUAUGAUACCAAUGUAUCAUAUCAAUGACUACACUUCCCAUGAUGCCAGAUGUCAGCCAACCAGCAGAGGAAAUGACCUGUGAUUGGAGGAUGGUUAGUGCUUAGGAUAGCUGUGACUUCUUUUUCUUCUUUCUCUUUUUCGUUUUUUUUGUUUUUUUUCAAAGAGAGAACUCUGUGAAGAAGUGAGAUGAGACUUAGAGAUGAAGUAGCGUGAGAGAAACCUGCAUUUGGUUUUGUUGAUUUUGUGUUUUACUGUGUCUGUGUAGAGGGUGUGGGGGUUUGUCCUUUUUUUUUCUUUUUUUAAGACUCUUUAGUGAUGUGUGACCCUUGACCCCUGGCAUAUCGCCAUAGCAAUAAAGGAGUGGUGGUUUGUGCUGGACGGUUACUUCAGAUGGUUUUUUUGUAAUCCCCACCUUCCCGUUUUAUUUUGAAUACUCCUUGUGGAAAUAUUUUAAAAUAAAACAAAUGUUAAAAAUAAAA